UUAAAACAUUUCUCUCUCUCUCUCUCACUAACUUCCUUCCUGUUCUAACUGCCAGUACUCAGAAGUCAGAGUUGAGAGGCAGAGGUACCCGACAGAGACGCCCGAACAGGAAUCAAGAUGACUGAGAAGGACGCACAGCCACAGCUGGACGAGGGGGACGAUGACCUGGACAGCAAGCUCAAUUACAAGCCACCCCCUCAGAAGUCGCUGAAGGAGCUGCAGGAGAUGGAUAAAGACGACGAGAGUCUAACCAAGUACAAGAAAACGCUGCUGGGAGAUGUUCCUGUGGUAGCGGACCCAACAGUCCCCAAUGUGACUGUUACCCGGCUUAGCCUUGUUUGUGACAGUGCACCAGGACCAAUCACCAUGGACCUUACUGGUGACCUCGAAGCCCUCAAAAAAGAAACAUUUGUGUUAAAGGAGGGUAUUGAAUACAGGGUCAAAAUUAACUUCAAAGUGAACAAGGAUAUUGUGUCCGGCCUGAAGUAUGUUCAGCACACAUAUCGGACUGGGAUGAAAGUGGACAAAGCUACAUUCAUGGUUGGCAGCUACGGCCCCCGACCAGAGGAGUAUGAGUUCCUCACUCCAGUAGAGGAGGCUCCCAAGGGCAUGCUGGCCCGAGGCACUUACCACAACAAGUCCUUCUUCACUGAUGACGACAAGCAGGACCACCUCACCUGGGAAUGGAACCUGGCCAUUAAGAAGGAUUGGACAGAAUGAGGCAUCUGUCUGUCCCUCCCUCCACUACUUCCCCACCAGAAGAAUCCUUCCAGCCAUGUUGGGUCAUGUUCUCCCUCUCCCUGUUCACAGCUGGAUCCAUUCUCUAUCACACACACACACACACACACACACACACACACACACGCACGCACGCACGCACACACACACACAGUUUCCUCACUGAUGUGUUUUAUAUUACCCCAUCUCUUAAGGUGUUCUCUGCACAUGAGACUUAAAACCUAGGCUUUAACCCAGCUUGUUCCCUCAGACUUUCUCCCCCUCAGCAGGGCCAGAGUUCCGAAGUUCUCCAUCUCAUUUAGCAUUACUCUCUUUUCUCCCAAUUUGAGUACUGAAGGCCAGAAAAUGGGCAAGCUAUAUCA